ACGUCAUCUACCACCGCCCGGAAGUAGUGUCGAAAAUAUUUUUUAGCAGAGAUGAGGCGACUGGACUCAAGUGAUGAUGUCUCCCUCUUUGAUGCCGAGGAAGACACAGGACGAAAAUCAAAGUCCAAAAUCAAGCAUCCGUUGGCGUCGUUCUUCCACCUGUUCUUCCGCGUGAGCGCCAUCUUGGUCUACUUGCUGUGUGAGCUGCUAUCGAGCAGCUUCAUUGCUCCCAUGGUGACCAUCAUCUUGCUGCUCUGCUGUGACUUCUGGACUGUCAAGAAUAUCUCCGGUCGUCUGAUGGUGGGAUUACGGUGGUGGAAUCAGGUGGAUGACGAUGGGAAAAGCCACUGGGUGUUUGAAUCCAGAAAGGGCUCGGGGAAGCAGGCCUCUGACUCUGAGUCCAGGAUCUUCUGGCUCGGCCUGAUCAUCUGCCCCAUCAUCUGGGUCAUCUUUGCCUUCAGCUCUCUCUUCUCUUUCAAGAUAAAAUGGCUGGCUGUAGUCAUCAUGGGAGUGGUUCUCCAGGGAGCGAACAUGUACGGCUAUGUGCGCUGUAAAGUGGGCACGAAGACCAACCUGAAGAACAUGGCCACCAGUUACUUCGGUCGACAGUUUCUGAAGCAGGCAAUGUCCAACCAGGAGGAAUCCUAAAGAGGUUACGCCUUAUGGAAGAGCGUAUGCUUUAGAUUUUAAAGACUUGAGAGUAGAGGAAUUUUGUUAUUUGUUUCCUCCAAAAGUCAAAAUAAUUAGAAAUAUUGACAACAUUAACUCAAAGCUGUUAUUUUUUUCCCUGUUCCUGUAUUGCUUGGUCACCAUGGUUGGGCUGACAUCUCUGUAGUGGUUGUGGACUCAUUCUUGCAUUUGCAAGAGCAUCAAGGGAUGUAUAUGCAUGAUGAACCAAGCGCCUCUUUGGUUACUGAAUUUCAUUGGGGAUUGUUUACGGUGAUUACACGUUAUCGGUAGAGAUCAAGGGACAUCUCUAUAUUCCCCUCUCUGUACAUAAUGUUUUUGUUUAUGGUUAUAACAGAGGGGUAUGCUACGAAGCAAGGCUAUUGGCUUACCCAGGUGACUUCAGGAGUAGCCCUUGAUCUCACAAUAGCUGCUCAGUGCAGUGUUCUUUUAGAGAUCAGCGGUUAUCUCCAAGUUACCCGGGUUUGACAGCUACCUCACUUUGUAGUGCAGCCCUCAAUGGUAUUCCAACAUCAUUUAGUGACUAACCCCAAAAAGUUCAUUCAGAGCGAGUAGUAAACGGUUGUAAAAGAAUACCACUACAUUUCUCUUAGCUUGGAGAAUUAAGCCUUUGUGCUCCUCAUUCUGGACGUUUACCACUUACUCUUGAGUGAACUCAGAUGGGUUAGUCCAGACCUGGCUCCGGGGGGGGGCAAAAGGGGGCGGUGCACCCUCAAACAAAAAAGGUGCCCCCUCAGUUUUACUUGGCCUAAUCCUAACUGUAGCCUUUUACUAUUGAGAGUGCCCCCCUGAAAAUCUCAAAUGCCCCCUUUAUCACUGCUCUCUGCAGCCGGGUCUGGGUUAGUCACUAAAUGAUAUACUGGGGAUACCACCAGUAUUUUACAUUUUGUUUGAUUUGUCUAGUUAUUUAGUUUCUUUUGGUGUUUUGCCGCUCACACUAGCUAACAUGAGUUUUUGUACAGUACAAAAAACUGCAUUGUGUAAUAACUUGUACGAUGGUUUGGAUGUAUGAUGGCAAGAGUGCAUUUGUACAUAUUUAUUUAUAAGACAUCAUGUAAAAACAUUUUGUGCUAAUUCAAAUAAAGAAUUUCUGAAGAAAGUAAACUGUC